CGCGCGGUUGGCGCGAAAGUCGRUUCCUAGUCUCUGCAAUUUCCGGGUUCUCCAGCUUUUGCUUGGGCCUGGGGGCGCCGCCCGGUGGCGGUGGGGGCUGUGCGCCGGGCUGGCGCCCGACCCCAGCCGCUGUCCUGCGGGCUGUGCGCCCCCCAACUCACUUCCCGAAGACCCCCAGGCUCCAUCGAGUUCAAAAAUGUCCAGAAAUGACAAAGAACCGUUUUUUGUGAAGUUUUUAAAGUCUUCAGAAAAUUCCGAAUGUUUUUUUAAAGCUCUUGAGUCUAUAAAAGAAUUCCAAUCAGAAGAAUAUCUUCAGAUUAUUACAGAAGAAGAGGCAUUGAAGAUAAAGGAGAAUGACAGAUCACUUUAUAUUUGUGACCCUUUUAGUGGUGCUGUUUUCGAUCACCUUAAAAAGCUUGGCUGCAGAAUUGUUGGUCCUCAAGUAGUCAUAUUUUGCAUGCAUCACCAACGAUGUGUCCCAAGAGCUGAACAUCCUGUUUAUAAUAUGGUAAUGUCUGAUGUAACUGUAUCUUGUACAAGCCUGGAUAAAGAAAAAAGGGAUGAAGUUCAUAAGUAUGUACAAAUGAUGGGUGGACGAGUAUACAGAGACCUUAAUAUAUCAGUAACUCACCUUAUUGCAGGAGAAGUUGGUAGCAAAAAAUAUUUAGUUGCUGCAAAUCUGAAGAAACCUAUUUUGCUUCCUUCUUGGAUAAAAACACUUUGGGAAAAGUCACAAGAGAAAAAAAUAACUAGAUAUACUGAUGUGAACAUGGAAGAUUUCAAGUGCCCUAUUUUUCUUGGUUGCAUAAUCUGUGUGACAGGCUUGUGUGGCUUAGACAGGAGGGCAGUCCAGCAACUCACCAUUAAGCAUGGAGGCCAAUACAUGGGACAGUUGAAAAUGAAUGAGUGUACACACCUCAUUGUGCAAGAACCGAAAGGUCAGAAAUAUGAAUGUGCCAAGAGAUGGAAUGUACAUUGUGUCACCACACAAUGGUUUUUUGACAGCAUUGAGAAAGGUUUUUGUCAGGACGAAUCUAUAUACAAGAUGGAACCUAGACCAGAAACAAAGAGUAUGCCUGACACUUCAACUCCCACUGGCCAAGUCCAUACAAUUGAUAGUCGUACUCUUUCAGAUGUUAGCCAUAUUUCAAACAUAAAUGGAAGUUGCAUAAAUGAAUCAAUAUGCAGUUCAGUUCUUAAUAGCAAAUUGGAGUCUUCGCUUGACAGUCUAGAAAAUCUGGAUGUCAGUGCAUUUCAAGCACCUGAAGAUUUAUUAGAUGGUUGCCGGAUAUAUCUUUGUGGUUUUAGUGGAAGAAAGCUAGAUAAACUGAGAAGACUUAUUAACAGUGGAGGUGGAGUUCGUUUUAAUCAACUUAAUGAAGAUGUAACUCAUGUUAUUGUGGGAGAUUAUGAUGAUGAAUUGAAGCAGUUUUGGAAUAAAUCAGCCCACAGGCCGCAUGUAGUGGGAGCAAAAUGGUUGCUAGAGUGUUUUAGUAAAGGUUAUAUGCUUCCUGAAGAACCAUAUAUUCAUGCUAACUACCAGCCAGUAGAAAUUCCAGUUUCAGAUCAGCCUGAAAGUAAAACAGCUCUUUCAAAAAAGAACAACAGUAGCUUUUCCAAGAAAGACUCUGCUCCUAAUGAAAAGCAUGAACAAGCUGAUGAAGAUCUGCUCUCUCAAUAUGUAAAUAAUAACUCCUCAAUAGUUGAAGCUAAAAUGACGGAAGCUGCAGAGUCUGCAGUUGGGCCCUGUAAUGGUUCUACUCAUGUUGAACCCUUUAAUGAUUCUACUCACAUUUCUCUGCAAGAAGAAAACCAGUCUUCUGUCACUCAUUGCCUCCCUGACAAUUCUACGAUUACUGAAGAAGGCUUAUUUAGCCAAAAAAGUUUCCUUGUUUUGGGUUUUAGUAGUGAAAAUGAAUGUAAUAUUGGAAAUAUCAUAAGAGAACAUGCUGGAAAGAUUAUAUCCCUUCCGAGCAGAAUUGUGGCUGAUUAUGCUGUGGUUCCUCUGCUGGGAUGUAAAGUAGAAGCAACUGUGGGAGAAGUGGUCACAAAUACAUGGCUGGUUACUUGUAUAGACUAUCAGACUUUAAUUGAUCCAAGGUCAAAUCCUCUCUUCACACCAGUCCCAGUAAUGUCAGGAGUGACUCCUUUAGAGGAUUGUGUUAUUUCAUUCAGCCAGUGUGUUGGAGCAGAAAAAGAUUCUUUGAUAUUCUUAGCAAAUCACCUUGGAGCAAGUGUUCAAGAAUUCUUUGUUCGCAAAUCCAAUGCAAAGAAAGGCAUGUUUGCCAGUACACAUCUUAUAUUAAAAGAGCCUGUUGGUUCUAAAUAUGAAGCUGCAAAGAAGUGGAAUUUGCCAGCAGUCACUAUAGCUUGGCUUUUGGAGACUGCUAGAAUGGGAAAGAGAGCAGAUGAAAGCCACUUUCUGAUUGAAAAUUCACCUGAAGAAGAACAAAGAUUGGAAACUAAAAUAACAAAUGGGGAGAAUCCAAAUCCACAUACUCCUACACAUCCUUGUACACAUGUGGAAACUCACAGAAGAACAGCCAUUACACCGCUGGAUAUGAACCGCUUUCAGAGCAAAGCUUUCCAUGCUGUGAUCUCACAACAUGCUGGGCAGCUCUCGGCCUCACCAGCAGUAGAACAGCCACUGCAGAAGGAGCCCUCAUUGCACCUGGACACACCAUCAAARUUUUUGUCCAAAGACAAACUCUUCAAGCCUUCUUUUGAUGUAAAGGAUGCACUUGCAGCCUUGGAAACUCCAGGAGGUCCCAGCCAACAGAAAAGGAAACUGAGUACACCACUCUCAGAAGUCAUUGUCAGAAACUUGAAACUCGCUUUGGCAAAUAGUUCUCGCAAUUCAGUUGCUCUUUCUGCCAGCCCUCAACUGAAGGAUGCCCAAUCAAAGAAGGAAGACACUCCAAAACCCCUUCACAAAGUUGUGGUGUAUGUUAGUAAAAAGCUCAAUAAGAAGCAGAAUGAACUAAAUGGAAUUGCUGCCUCCCUAGGAGCAGAUUACAGGUGGAGUUUUGAUGACACGGUAACUCAUUUCAUCUAUCAAGGCCGACCAAAUGACAGUAAUCGAGAGUAUAAGUCUAUAAAAGAAAGAGGAAUACACAUUGUUUCUGAGCACUGGCUUUUAGAAUGUGCCCAGGAAUAUAAGCGUCUUCCUGAAUCUCUUUAUCCAUAUACUUAUAAUCCCAAAAUGAGCCUGGAUAUCAGUACCGUGCAAGAUGGCAGACUCUGUAACAGCCGAGUGCCCUCAGCUGUCUCUGCAGCAGAGGAUGAAGAGCCAGAUCAUUUGCCUGUAGAAGAAAAUGGUACAGAAAACAUGACCACCAGUAAUAAAGAAUCAGCRCUGUCAGAUGGAAAUGAAAAGAAUGAUUCUAAAGGAGUUCUCACACAGACCUUGGAGAUGAGAGAAAAUUUCCAAAAGCAACUGCAGGAGAUCAUGUCUGCCACCUCCAUCGUGAAACCCCAGGGACAGAGAACUUCCCUUUCAAGAAGUGGCUGUAACAGUGCCUCCUCAACCCCUGACAGCACGCGCUCCGCUCGAAGUGGACGAAGUAGAGUCCUAGAGGCGCUGAGGUGUGUGCCUGUCAUUGAGGCUGUCAGUGAUCCUGGAAAUGGACGUGGGACUGAAGCCCCCAAACACCCCAACUCUGAAGAACUGGAAACUCCAACAAAAGACAGUCACCUGAUCCCUACUCCUCAAGCCCCAAGCAUCGCCUUCCCUCUAGCCAAUCCACCUGUGGCUCCACACCCUGGAGAAAAGAUUGUAACGACAGAGGAGAGUCGUGAAGAAUUAAAAAAAUACAUAUUUCAGCUGUCGUCUCUGAACCCUCAGGAACGUAUUGAUUAUUGUCAUCUCAUUGAAAAACUAGGUGGGCUGGUGAUAGAGAAGCAGUGCUUUGAUCCCAGCUGUACACACAUUGUUGUGGGGCAGCCACUUCGAAAUGAGAAGUAUUUGGCCUCCGUGGCAGCUGGGAAGUGGGUGCUUCAUCGCUCCUACCUGGAAGCAUGCAGGACUGCAGGACACUUCGUGCAGGAAGAAGACUAUGAAUGGGGAAGUAGUUCCAUACUUGAUGUUUUGACUGGCAUCAGUGUACAGCAACGGAGACUAGCACUCGCAGCAAUGAGAUGGAGGAAAAAAAUCCAGCAAAGACAAGAAUCGGGCAUCAUGGAGGGAGCAUUCAGUGGUUGGAAGGUUAUCUUACAUGUUGACCAAUCCCGAGAAGCAGGAUUUAAGCGUCUUCUUCAGUCUGGAGGAGCAAAGGUGCUACCUGGUCAUUCUGUUCCUUUAUUUAAAGAGGCCACACAUCUCUUUUCUGACUUAAAUAAACAGAAACCGGAUGACUCAGGAAUUAAUAUAGCAGAAGCUGCUGCCCAGAAUGUGUACUGCUUAAGAACAGAAUACAUUGCUGAUUAUCUUAUGCAGGAAUCUCCUCCUCCUGUGGAAAAUUACUGUCUACCAGGAGCUGUUGCAUUUCUUCAGACUAAUAAGGAGCCUGCACCACUGUCACCACAGAAGAGGAGAGCUGCUGCGGAGAAGAGCAAGGUCAAACGACCUCGAAUACACUAGUCGAGUCUGCCCCUUAGUUACCAAACAGGAAAUGUAUAUUAAUUGAAAAGCCUGAAUGUUGCUGUGAUGGAUUGUGUAGCAAUUUGAAGAUAUGUACCUACCUGAAGAAUUUUGCUUCGGAAUGUAAAGAUGAUCCCGCCUGAAGUUUUUAACAUCUGAAAUUUUAAUCACUGAAAUAUUGUUUUUUAAUGAAAAGUUCCUGAAUUAACAGCAAGAAAAUACAACUCCUCAGCUGGCUUGUUAAACCUCGUGGAUGUGUGCAAAAGGCUUUUGUUUAUCUUUCUUGUAAAUAUAUGAGGCUGUAGCUCAGUGGGAAUUUUAGCAAGGUGAUGGAUUUUGCUUCAUAAUGUCUCCCUUGAUUUGUAAAAAGAGUUAUCAAUUGGGCCUUUUCAUGUUUUCCCUGAUUUUUAUCUUAUCAUUUUACCUCUUUUUAACAGGAGCCUGAGCAUAAGGUUUAACGAGGAAACUGGGGCUUUAAACUUCUGUGUGUGUAUAUAUAUAUAUAUGUAUAUGUAUAUGUAUGUGUGUACAGAUCUCCAUGAUGUUUGCCAAGUUUGGGCACCAAAACUUGGAAAAUGUGACAAUAAAGAAUAAAAAUAGUGACUCAAAUUA